ACGCAGCAGCUUCCCCCCGCCCCUCAUCUCCGCCAGCCACCUGCCGCCGGCGAGCCCCGCUGCGCGCAUCUCCGCCGCCGCUGCCCCGUAGCAAAAUCCGCCCUCACGCUUGCUCCCUCUCUCCACCCUUCGCAUUGAUUCAAUUUCCCUCCCACUUGGAGCCACCGAAUUCAAGCGUGGAAAGCAAUUAAAUCCUGCCAAAACUAGCAGCGGCAAUACCCUAGGCGGCGCUCUCCUCUCCUCCCAGCUCGAGGCGGCCGACCCAGCGCAGCCGCCGCCCUCUCUCUCCGCGCAGUGGCGGCCGCGCCGUCCUCUGCCUCCGGCACUACCAGCCGCUGGGGCGCCGCCGCUCCUCUCACUUGUCCUGGUGGGGGUGGAGCGGACCGGAGCGGAGCGGGGUUUGCCUCUUGGUAGGAGGAAACCCUAGCUCUGCUCUUCUUGCUUCAAUUGGAUGGUGGAUUUGAUUCACUAGCUGCUGGACAGAGGGGGGGCACUUUUGCUCCAAUUCAAAAAACUCAAAUCUCCCUCCCUCUCCUCUCAGAUUGCUGCGGGCAAUUGUCCCGCCCCAAUCCAUCCGUCCAUGGCCCGCGUGGGCUCGUCUUCCUCAGGGCGCAGUGUGGAUAUGUCCACGCAAGUUGAGAACGUCUUUGAGCAAUUGAUCAGCAAGAUAGAAGCUGCAGAUUUUGAUCCGCGACCCUUAUUGAAACAAUGGAACGCGUUAGGCCGCUAUGAACCAAUCAAGCGGAAUGUAUACCACAUUAAGAGACGCACUGAAGAUUAUGGCAUUUUCUGUUCCUGUAAGCCUUCCUCUGGUUCAUCAGUUGCGUGUGGCAAAGACUGCCAUUGUGGGAUGCUGUUCUCUUGUUGUUCAUCAAGCUGUGAAUGUGAUAACACAUGUGCCAACAAACCAUUCCAGCACAGACCUCUGAAGAAUACCAAAUUGAUUACGACAGAGAAAUGUGGAUUUGGAUUGGUAGCUGAGGAUGAAAUAAAGAAAGGAGAAUUUGUUGUAGAAUAUGUGGGGGAAGUUAUUGAUGACAGAACAUGCGAGAACAGAUUAUGGCAAAUGAAAAGGCUGAGUGACACUAACUUCUACCUUUGUGAGGUCAGUAGUAAUAUGGUCAUUGAUGCUACAGACAAGGGAAACAUGUCCCGAUUUAUAAACCAUAGUUGUGAACCAAACACAGAGAUGCAGAAAUGGACUGUUGAUGGAGAGACCAGAGUUGGAAUCUUUGCUCUUCGUGACAUAAAGAAAGGGGAGGAGCUGACUUAUGACUAUAAAUUUGUCCAGUUUGGAGCAGAUCAAGAUUGUCAUUGUGGAUCUUCAAACUGCCGAAAAAUGCUUGGGACAACGAAGUCAAUCAACUCAAUUUUUCUUCGAACUGGAUAUUCAGUUAACUCACAUAAUCAGUAUGUCAAGAAGAAAAAAAGGAAAACAAAGUGUGAGAAUUGCAUUGGACAGUUUCUUCGUUUGUGGCAUCCACGGCAACGAAUGUAUGUUGGAUGUUGGAUAAUUGACUUCGAUCAAGAAACUAAAGUACAUACUCUGCAGUUUACUGAUCUCCAUGUCGAAAAGUUUAAUUUGAAAGAAGAAGAGUGGCACUUCUUACUGGUUGAUUCAUCAGAUGAAGAGUGAUCAUUGAAGGUAACCGUCACAUUCUAUUGAACUGCGGGCAGUUUUCUCCCAUUUGGAGUCUACUGCAACCCUGACGCUUGAGACAAGCUUAUGCGCGCUCGGGAGUCGUAGGCUGUAACUGCUGAUUCCCAUUGCCAAACUGAACCACACCCCACGAUUGCAUUGUUCGCUGAGCACCGCUAGAUGCUCGGAAACAGAAUAAAGUCUAUGGUGAUUUUAGUGUACCAACGUCGUUGUGUUGUGUGCCGUGGAAGUGUACUUGAUAUGUCGGCUACUGUCAAUAGAAAUGUCAGUUGUGUUUGUUGUCGUGGCAUCCUGUGACGAAACAUGAGGCAUUGUCGAAGUGAUCUGUUUCCCUGACUGCUGCCUAUUCGACGCAUCCCUGGGAUAAACCAAAAUAGGCUGCUGGGUAUGAGAGGCAGUAGUGUGCUAGUCUUGUUAAUCGAGCUUUUAGGUGAGGUUUUCGUGUUUGUUCUCUACUGCGGAAUGUUUUAAAUACUGAUGGUUUGUUGCUAA